UGCCAUGUUGUCAAUUACAUUCCCGUUUUGAUUAUCAUUGGGAUAACCCUACCAUUUCCAUUACUUAAACAGUAGCAAACGUUGCUGUCGAAUUUAUCGAUUCGAUCAUCUUCUCGAACUCAAUUAUAUUUCAGGAAAUGAAUUCAAGAAGGGAAUACCGUUCUAGUCGAAAUGCAUUGUUUGAUGGAAUAGAAGAAGGUGGAAUCAGAGCAUCUUCCUCAUAUGCUACUCAUGAAAUUGCUGAGCAAGAUAAUGACCAUGCUAUGGAUGGACUUGAAGACAGAGUAACUAUGCUCAAGCGGUUGACAGCUGACAUUCAUGAGGAAGUUGAUGGCCAAAAUCGGUCGUUGGAUCGCAUGGGCAACGAUAUGGAUGCAUCAAGAGGGAUUCUAUCUGGAACCAUGGAUCGAUUUAAGAGAGUUUUCGAGACAAAGUCAAGUCGAAACAUGGUUACUUUGGUGACAUCAUUUGUGGUGCUGUUUCUUCUGAUAUAUUACUUGACAAAGUGAUCAUAUAUUCCAAAAUGUAAAUCAUUCGUCAAUCUCUAAAUUGUCAUGUAUUACCUGAUAUUUCUAUCUGUUGGACUAACUGUAAUUGUCACAUUCUGGAUGUUUGCCUCUAGGUAGGAUAAUUACUGGUCUAUGCAUGUUUUCAUAGCAGUGAGCAAUAUCAUCUCCAAACAAAGUAUGGUGAUGUUUUAUAUGUUUUGGAGAGAGUGUCAUAACCCUGGUCUGCUUUUGCACACAACUAUACUAUUGUAACGAACAAUAUUAUGGCUCUAAACAAUAUUUAGAUACAUGGAUCUCUUGUUUGUAUUAACAGCCUUCUGUAAUAUCGUGAAGGGCUUGAUAAUGAAAUUGUAUAAGUUUUUGCAGUCAA